UUGUGUUUUUGUUGUUUUAAUCGGCUGAAUGUGGCUUCGUAGUUCCAGUUUGACAAGGCGUAGGGAAAGCGCCCCCCCAGUUUGUUUAGUGCAAGAUCUGCACUGCACACACCGCUGAGGAAAUGCAGACUUCUGGCCCUUUCGCUACGGGUUACAUUGCUACAGUCCCCACACCGUAGCAAGCUGAUCCAGUGAGGUACUAGGUUUGACCAGAGACGGCCUAAGAGGAACAAGAGAAGACCCAGAGGUUUCUACUCACCAGAGCCACAGUGUCAGAACGGUCCAGCUGUAUGCCAAGCCAAACCCUCAUCUAGCUCCCAGUCCACAGUGAAGACCUAUCACAAUGGCUCAGACUUACUCUGUGAUGAGAGCGAAUCUAUGUUUACCUACAUCCUCUAUGCUGCUCUGGGGCACUUUUUAAUUAUGUCUUAUUUGGUCCUCUUGAAUGACUUUUGGCCUGCUCAUAAAAAAAGGUACUCCGUUAGAUGUUCCCUCGUCCCAGGCAUCUCUGCGGCACUGUGGCUAGCCCCAUGAGGCUGUGUGGCGCACUGCUCCCUGAGGCAAUCCCUGUGUGCCUGUAAGGCCUCCUCCCCACUCUAUGGAGGCGGAGCCCAGCCACCCUGCUGUUGGGGAGCGAUCCGGAAGGCAACAGCAGCCUCUUUCUCCUGGGGCCGCUGAGCCCCCCACAGGGUCCCGUCCAACUCAGCCACAGCAACCGCCAUCCAACCCCCGCCCCGUCCACGGUGGCCUGGGAUGUCUCCACCACUGCAAGCCUAAACGUAGCGACCUGCUUCUCAGGCUUCAGCAUCAGCACAAGACCCAAGCAGCAUGUCAGCUCUCAACAGACACCCCAGGUCCUUCAGGAGGCAGCUUCUCCUCCCCCUCCACCUUAUCCCUACAAUCCUCCUCUACCCAAGGCCAUAACACUCAGGGGGUGCAGUCCCAGCCCAAACAGGAAGUCCUAGAGGGCAGCCCAUCUAAAAGAGGCGAGAGGAAGCUCCAGAAACCGGGGAAGUACGUGUGCACUUACUGCGGCCGUCCAUGUACCAAACCCAGCGUUCUCCAGAAACACAUCCGCUCUCACACAGGGGAGAGGCCUUAUCCUUGCGUCCCCUGUGGCUUCUCCUUCAAGACCAAGAGUAACCUGUACAAGCACCGCAAGUCCCACGCCCACCGCAUCAAGGCAGGCCUGGCAUCCAGCCGGGACGAGCUGAGCCUGAGCGGACCCGAGAUGAGCGCCCUGGGAGAGGAUCCCGAGGAGCCCACGGAGGGGGAGAGCACAGACUCUGAGGAGGAGACGGGUCAGUACAGGAAGGAGAGGCUGAGCAAGCAGAAGAGCAGCAGCAGUUUGGCGCUGUCAGGGCAAGAGGAGGGCCAAAGGUCUGACGACUCCCAGGCCGUGAAGCAGAGACUGGCCAUGAGGCUGAGCGAGAGGAAGCGUGGCCCCAUGGCCUCCCCGGACGACCCUCCCUCCACCUCCUCCUCACUGGGCCCCAGCAGUAAAGGCAGCCAAGAGUCAGGCUACUUCUCCCUUUCGAGGAGCUCUGAGAUGAGCCGAGCUGACUCCCAGGUGAGCCCUCCCAAUGCCAAAACCUAUGCCGAGAUCAUCCUGGGCAAGUAUGGGCGGCUUGGAGGGCAGCAGCGCGGUUCCCAUCAGCAGCGCGCCCACUCUUCUUCAUCGGGGAUGGAGGAGAAGAGCAGCAUGCCCUUCAGCAUGCCCAAGACGCAGGUCAUCGAGCACAUCACCAAACUCAUCACCAUCAACAAGGCGGUUGUGGACACCAGCGAGAUCGACAGCGUCAAGCCCAGGCGCUCCUCGCUCUCCAGGAAGAGUAGUCUGGAGUCACCCAAGUUCUUCUCCCCCAAAGACCCCUAUGUGUUUGAGCCUAAGGGAGAAAGCCCAGGUCCCAGUAUGGCAGGCCAAUCAUUCCAUCCCCAUAUCCAAGACGUGGGCCCAUCGGGGGUCCAGAAGUCCUCCUCCUCAUUGCCUCUGCUGAGAAGCCACUCCAUGCCCACCUCAGCAGGCCAGGGAAACCACUCCACCACCUCUCCCUGGGGGUUCUCUCGUUUGAGCCACUCCUUUGAUGAGCAGCAGGCCGUGGUGGCCAAGAUGAGGGUGGGCGGGCAGUACCGUUUGCUGAGGCGCCAGCCCGCCAUCGAGUUGCCCCUCGGGGCUGAGCUAAGCCUGGAGGAGGCUGGCCCCUCCUCCUCCGCAGCUACAGAAAUUGGCCUAACCAGGAAGCAGCAACGCAAAGGUCCAAGGCUGUAUGAAUGCGAGACCUGCGGAGUCCGCUGUAAACAAAGGGAGAGUUACGAGGCCCACAGGGGUCUCUGCACAGGCAAGCCAAUAAAGGAGCUGGAGAGAGGAGAGGUGGAUGGGGCGUUCCGGGAUGACCGCCCCCAGAUGAUGCACUAUAAAUUCCGGGCACUGGCCAUGGCAGUGAGGAAGAGGAGGAAAGAGGAGAGUCUGGAGGAGGAUCCUCCUAGCCCCAGGCCUACAGCUGUUGUGAUCUGCAGCCCCGCAACCACCACUGCAGUGCCAAACCGGGUGCAGCAGAUUAAGGCCUUCUCAGGUGCUCCCUCACAGGCUGAGCAGCAGCAGCAAGACAGGAAGGGUAUCUCGGUCAUCCAGCACACCAGCUCCUUUGAGAAGCAGAAAAGUAUAUCCAUGGAGAGCCAGGAGUCUAUAGAGCUUAGAGAGAGCCAGUUAACACCGCAAAAACAGCCGCAGCCAAAAUCAUCGCCCUCCAUGUCCCGCCUGGUCCGCCAGCACAACAUCCAAGUGCCAGAGAUCCUAGUGACGGUGGAGCCUGAUGCUGAUAUGGUGUCAGUGUCGCCCAUGGCGACGGCAUCCUCGUCCAAGGAGCCAGAGAGAGUGGUAGAGGAGUUCCAGUGGCCUCAGCGCAGCCAGAGUAUGGCUCAGCUCCCCGCCGAGAAGCUGCCACCAAAGAAGAAGCGUCUCCGUCUAGCCGAGGCUGCUGCCCAGUCUUCCGGGGAGUCCAGCUUUGAGUCGGUAUCGCUGGGGACCCAGAGCCCCGGCCAAGAGAGCAGCAUUUCCCAUUCACCCAGCCGCUCUGCCUUCUUUGAAGACAUUGGGGGAAAACCUUCUGAGCCUUCCCCCUGGGGCUCCAGCAGCACCCAGGGCUCCCACAUGCUAACAGUGCCCUCUGGCCCCCACCAACAAUACCAACCCCAAAGAGAGAUGCGGCGCUCAGCCUCGGAGCAGGCCCCGGUCAGCCCCCAGCACACGGAUGAGAUCGUGGAGACCAGGAGCAAAUCCUUUGACUACGGUUCCCUAUCCCCGCAGCAGUCUGCUUCAGCCUGGAGGGAGAGGAGGAAGUGCCUACUGGUGAAGCACACCACCCUCGGUGAGCCGGACCGCGAGAAAGGGGCCGUGGCCAGCCACUCAGGCCAACCAGGGAGCACCAAGCCAGACCCGUCCUACACCAGACACCCUUCCUUCCACCCAGCUGAAGCCAGCACCUCUAUGCUCAGCCCGGAAGCCAUAGGGAAGACCGUACAGCUGUUCCACCAGCCCCAUUCCCCAUUCCCCAUGCAACCAACUGGGCAUGAUCGGUUCCCUCUUGGCCAGUUAGCCCAGCUCCAUCCGGUCACCACUGCCAUCUCAGAUGUCCUCUCCACCCACAUCAUCCACAGAGCCUUCUUACACACACACCCUUCCCCUCCAACCAUACAAGUUCACCCAGGGCAGCUUCACAUGGCAGAACGCCUAGGCCUGCCCCUCCAUCCUAUUUCAGCUCUGCUCUCCCUGCAGUACCCCACUGGGGCUGGCCAGGCUGUAUACCUCCCUGUUUCUCCUGGGCUCACCAUCCAAGUCCCCACACAGCUCCCCAUGCCCUCCACCGUGGUUCUCCCUGCCCCAGCUCCUCAGUCCUUAGUCCCUCUGCCCUGCCACCAUCCCCCGCUUGUCAUCGCAACGUGCCUGGCACAGCUGACGCCAGUCGUGUCACUGAUGGUGCCAGUGCGCCUCCAGACCAACAUGAUCACCUACGCCAGUGCCCUGUACACUACCCUCUCCCAGAUCCUGGCGUCAGCCCGCUCCCAGGAGCCCAUCUGCUGCAUGGCCAUGGUUAUCAUGGGCCAGCUGGAGCAGGAAAAGCUGCAGAGGUCCUACCUGAAGAUCCCCACCCCGGACUUCAAGAGCUACCUGCCUCUGUCUCUACCCCUGGAGCUGGGCUCUGUGUCCGGAGAGGGCUAUGAGCCACUGGGGGCUGGAGGGAACAAACGCAUGCUCUCUCCUGCAGCCAGUCUGGAGCUCAGCACAGAGGCCCAGUGCCAGCAGAAACGAGUGAAGGAGGAAGAGGAGGAGGGUGAGGAAGAGGAAAAUAGGGGUUCUGGGAGAAAACUGGAAGUCGGGGAAGACAAAAAGAAAGAGCCGGAAAGGGCCCAGAUAGGAGUAGUAACUGUGAAAGUCGAGGAGGAAGAGAAUGUACGGGACACAGAAGGGCACAGGGAAGAGAGGGACAUGCAAGGGAAGGCUGGACCUAAGAAAGAAAAGGGAAAUGAGGGCCAGGGAGUGAGUGCGUCCUUUGUACCCCAGAGUCCUGAGCGAGUCAAAGCCCCCUUGUAUCCCAGCCUCCACACCACCACCUCAGUCAGCUGGUGCUACUUGAACUACGUGAAGCCCAACCCUUCUGCCCAGAGGGAGCCACUAACCUCCGUUUACACCUCCUGGAGCAUCAGCGUGCACAACCCCAACCUGCCAGGCCUGUCCACCAAGCUGGCCCUGUCCCUGUUGUGCUCUAAGCAGAAACACAGCUCAGAGACCUACACCAUGGCCACAGCUCUAACCCCGGCGACAGGCAAGGUGGUCCCUGCCAGCAGUAGAAAGCCCCACAUUUCAGAGGUACAUGCUACCCCACCCAGCACCCCUGUCGAAGUGAAGGAGCCACCACAGCAGCCUGAGAAGGAGGAGAAGAAGGAGAAGAGAGAGGUGCAAGGGCCCUCCACCUCCAAACAGAGCGAACCUCUCCGUGUCCAAAUCUUCGAGGGCGGAUACAAGUCUAAUGAGGAGUAUGUGUAUGUGCGGGGUCGUGGCCGAGGAAAGUAUGUGUGCGGAGAGUGCGGGAUCCGCUGUAAGAAGCCCAGCAUGCUAAGGAAGCACAUUCGAACACACACAGACGUCCGGCCCUAUGUCUGCAAACACUGCAACUUUGCCUUUAAAACCAAAGGGAACCUUACCAAGCACAUGAAGUCCAAGGCUCAUGGGAAGAAGUGCCAGUCAAUGGGAACGUCUGGGUCUUCACUGGACGAGCAGGAGACCGAGGAAGCAGGAGAUAUUGAAGAGCAUUUAUCUGGCUCCGAGGACCAGGAUGAGCACCAGUUCUCUGACGUGGAUGAUUCAGAGGAGGACGAUGACGAGGAUGAUGAAGAGGAGUACUCAUCUCACAACGAGCCGUCCUCCUCACCCGACCGCCGUCUGUCCACAUGGGGGCACUCCAGCAGCGGAAGACGGUCCCAGCAGGGCACGCCUGACCCCUCAGCCCCAGAACCCCAGCCAGAUCCCUGCCUCAGCCAGGAGCUCUCUCCCACCCAUAGACUGUGGCCCAGCGGGCGUGCUUCCUCUCCAGAAAGCCGGAGGGCACUGUUCUGGGACGCCUCCCCCAGGGCCUUCUCCCCUAGCAUUGAGAGCUGCUCUCCCAUCCGAAGCCUUUCCCCCAGACUGGAGCUGGCCUCCCCCAACCGACACCUCUCGCCCUCUUCCAAGAGAGAACCAUCCCCCAUCAGAGCUCUAUCCCCCCUGUACCCCCUGCGGCCUCUGUCCCCUAACCAGUAUCGGGUGUUGUGGGCCCGGGCCUCUCCCUCGUCCCUGGGGGUGCAACAUAGACCUCGCAGGUCUCCCAGUCGUUUGCCAUGGGACAUCCCCAGUAUGAUGGCCAGCGAUCGCAGACAGGUGGGUUCAAUGGAGAGGAUAGGAACACCAAGUAAAGGGCAGAUUGGUCCAGAGCCCUGCCUGUCAUUCCCCCCAGCUUUCCGUCUGUCCCCCACUGACAGCCCUAAAGCCCAGUCCCAGUCCAUGGACCGCAUCUUCAGCCACCUGCCUCUGCACUCCCAGCAGGCCAGGGUGCCCUACCUGAUGAUCCCCAUUGGGGGCAUUCAGAUGGUGCAGGCUCGUCCCCGUUCCCACCCCACUACCCCCACCUCAACCUCCUCUCCCCCAAUGGAGGGGCUUUUACUGGGCCAGACCAGGAGGGAAACCCCCAGGUGCAGGACCCCCAUAACUCAAGGGCUCUGAACUCCUGGGGACCACUGGUCUGACAGCCAGGAAGUAGUAGGAGCCAGCCAAUCAGGGCUAUGCAUUCCCAGUAUAACCCCACCCAUAUGUUCCAAACCCUCCACCUCGCACCAGGGUAGGAUGGACCCAGGGAUGAUAAACACAAUGCAAAAGGACAGCUUACACAGCUCCUCCCACUCACACAGGUCUGAGAGAGAGACCAGAAAAUGAUGGCCCUCACACAGCCAGGCAGGACCAUCCCCCUAGUCAGCCAGUCCCCCCUCCCACACACAGGAUUGGAUAGCUGUCUGAGAGGCAGGAGCCACCAGGGUUGCGGUCCAGAACGACUGGUUCAGAAUUGGUAGAGGAAGAACCUAAGGUGGAGACUCAACCAAUCAAGGCCAGAGCACUUUGAUACGUCAUGCAUCCUUUACGCUUUUUGUUGCAACUCUUGUUUUUGGGUUUUGUAUUGCUUUGUUUUUACACAGUUUUCAAUUCAAUUGUUAACUUAAAUGUUAGUUCUUCUGCAAUAUUCAGGUUCUUCUGCAAUAUUCAGGUUUGUUAUAAAAUGCACUUUUUUAUUUUUGACGAUUUCUUUAAAUCUCUUGAUCUUACCUGUAUCUCUAUUGAUACUGCUAUCUUAAUAUAUAUUUAAAUAUAUAUGUCAAAUAAAUAUGAAUACAUUUGUAAAUGACCAAAAUCGUUAAUGAACAAUAAAUUCACAUUUAUUUGUUUUGUCUCUUUGUCCACUAUUACCUAAACUGUAGUUACUUGUGCCUUUUCUUUCUGUGUUUGUGUCUUGAGAUGACAACAAAGAAAAAAGGCUGUGAAGUUUUGAUUUACACUCUGUGUUUCCAGGAAGGGGUUCCUGUGUGGCGUGAUGAUUGAUUGUUUGUAUCCUUAAAGGGAUAGUUUGGGGUUAGAGGUAGUUUCGUGAGCCAAUGCUAACUAGCUGUACCCAAAGACUUCCAGUCUUUGCAAUAAGCUAGUUAGCAUUGGCUCACAAAACUACAGCACCUCUACCUUCCUUCAUACUGGAUACAGAGACAUAAUAAUGAAUUGCCAAAACACCAAACUAUCCCUUUAAGGCCAUUGCAUUGAUGUCAGGGUAUUCUAAAAUAUGGUAUAUGAGGUGGUAUAUUGAAGGAACAGUGAGCGCUUUGCAAAGAAAAUGCACUGAAGUCAUAUUUUUUAUAAAUAGAUAGUCAAUGUUAUGUCUCUGUACAGAGAAGAGUGCUCCAUAUUUAUUAUUUUGUUAAACUAUGAAAGUUAUUCUUUAAGUUUUUUUACUUGACAUUUUUGGAGGGAAAAAACAUGCCAUUUUUAUUUUUUCAUAAUAUUCUCAAAAGGCUUGAGAGGGAGAGGAAGUUCUCUUUUAAGAUUGGAUAUGGAACAAGUGCCCAAAAGAUUUUCACACAGGACAUGUUUUUCUUCUCUGAACCAAUAAAAAUUGCACCAGACUUCUCUGAGGCUAUUUUACUUGUUUUGUUUUCUUGUUUUUGAAAAAAUGUAUAUAUUUUUUUAAUAGGUCAACAAAAAUACUGAUUGAUUAAUACAUAUAGAAUGCUUCUGUUUGAAUUCCACAAAAUAACAACUGGAGUUAAUAUCAACAAAAUAAAAUAAAUUGUUAUUUGUCACUUGCUUCGAAAACAACAGUGAAAUACUUACUUAAGGGCCCUUCCCAACAAUGUAGAGAAAAAUAAUAGAAUCAAAUGAUAACAUAAGGAAUAAAUACAUAAUGAGUAAUGAUAACUUGGUUAUAUACACAGGGUACCAGUACUGAGUGUCAAGUCCUGAUCGUAGAGAUCCUUUUAUUCUCUGUUUGUUUUGUCAGGGUGUGACUCGAGUGGGAAAGUCUAUGCUUUCUGGUUCUUUCUGGCCGUGUAUGAUUCUCAAUCAGGGACAGCUGUUUAUCGUUGUCUCUGAUUAGGAAUCAUACUUAGGCAGCCUUUUUUCCUUUUCUCAUUUGUGGGUUGUUGUCUUUGUUAGUGGCAUAUAUAGCCUUACAGAGCUUCACGUUCAUUUUGUUGUUUAUUGUUUUUGUUGGCGACAUUUAAAAUAAAAGAAUGUACGCUUA